GUAAAACACGAAAUAAUAUGAUAUACCAACUACACAGAAAAAGAGACACAGACAAAAAUAUGAUAGAAAGGGGGAUAUGGAUAUGGAUAUGAUCAAGUUCACUUUCACUUUCUUAUAAAAAAGAAAAGAAAAAAUUACAGAAGAUAAUCUCUGCCGAUAAUGGAUGCCGGAGAACAGGUGACUAAGCUCAAGUCGAUAUUCGUCUACCCGAUCAAGUCAUGCCGUCCAAUCUCCACCCCGCAAGCCUCUCUUACACCUAACGGAUUAAGAUGGGAUCGACUAUGGAUGGUUAUCAACUCCAAAGGCAGGAUGUACACUCAGAGAGUCCAACCAAAACUUGCCCUAAUUCAAGUAGACUUGCCACCUGAAGCCUUUUCUCCUGCCUGGAUACCUAAUCAAACCUCCUUCUUAGUGAUAAAUGGACCUGGUAUGAAUGCUCUGAAGAUUCCAUUAGCUGUACCUUCUGCAGUGGCCGACGGUGUCUCAGUCUGGGAAUGGUCUGGCUCUGCCUUGGACGAGGGUGAUGAAGCUGCUAACUGGUUCUCUCAUUAUUUAGGGAAACCCAGUCGACUAGUUCGUUUCGAUGAAUCAUCUGCUUACAGGCCUGUAAACUCUGAUUAUGCCCGCACCCACACAGUCAACUUCACCGAUAUGUAUCCCUUCCUGCUGCUAUCCCAAGAAUCAGUAAAUGAACUAAACGAACAUCUCUCAGAACCUGUAUCACUCAACAGAUUUAGAGCCAACCUCAUUGUUGAUGGGUGCAAACCUUUCUCUGAGGAUUUGUGGGAUGAGAUUGAAAUAAAUGGCUUAGUUUUCCAUGGGGGAGAGCUCUGCGACCGCUGUAAGGUCCCCACAAUUAAUCAAGAAACUGCAGAAAUGGGAUCUGAGCCGACUAAGACUUUGAUGAAGUUCCGUUCUGACAAAAUAUUGCGUCCUAGUGCUCAGAAACACCAGGGAAAGGUUUACAUGGGACAGUUUAUGGUGUGCACGAAUUAUAGUGGAGAAACAGGAAAGGCAAUCAGAGUGGGUGAUCAUGUGCGUGUUUUGAAGGCCUUCUCCUCCUAUGACGAGUGCAUCAUUUUAGGAAGCCCCGCUCUGCCCUUCGGGACAGAUUAAACAUUCAUUCGUCAAUAAUAAAUUUGCAGACUUUUUGUCACUUGUUAUGAGCCUUAAAAUUGCCAAUUGCUGAUUGGGACUAUCAACAUAUAAUCAGAUUAUAUUAUUGGUUUUCUUUUCGGGAUA